UGACUGUCAUACGCAGCUACAAAGAAUUUUGCAUUUUGACAGGGCAAUUUUCAUGGGAAGGUGAAAACUGUUGAAUUUUUGCCAUUAAUUCCCUUAUAAUUUCAUUAAGUUUCGGUUAGAUUGCAUUUUAGUUUAAUAUUAAUUGCAUUAUCUUUAUUUUGGCGUAAAACGUAUCCGAGGAAAAAAAAAACGAAAAUGAAGAUUGCCUUUCUAAUGUUGUUAAUAAUUGGUGUUGCAGCCGCAUCGGACUCCAUUGUUUUAGUUUUGGCUCCAGUUGAACCAAUUCCUGCACUUACUAGAGUAGAUAAUGAAAGUUUCACUCGCAUUGCGAAACCACUUGUUAAGGACCACAUGAUUGCUGUUUUCCAAGAAGAUGAUUUAUCAUUCAACGAUUUUAUGUGCAAGAGUAACCGAUCUGAACAACAGUCAUGUUAUUCUCACCUUCAAAAUAUCACGCCCAGCACUUUUUACAUGAGAGUCGAUAGCCCUGUAAAAGUGUUGGAAGAGUUGGAUCCUAAUUACGAGGUAAUUACUAUCUCUAGAAGCGGAAAGCUUGAAAUACCACUGAAGUGCAAAGCGGGAAAAGUAGUAUUUUUGAGAUUCAGUGACGAAACUGGAUUAAAUCGCGAAGAAACUUUGGAGACACACGACAUUGCCAUUUCUAAUGUAAUGAAACAAGUCUCUUGUCCAACUGUAUUUAUGUAUACAUCAAUUCCUGCAAAAGAUGUGACAGUUAAACGCUCUCGACGUGCACUGUCCGUGGGGGAGACUGCUGCCCCAAAAGGUGGUAUUAUAUUCACUGAUACCAAAUUCCAAAUUUUCUAUACAACGUUGAACGUAACAAUUGGUAGUAACCCAACAAAAGCAAUUACUAUAAGCAGUAUGAAAAUCGAUGAUCACAAUACCACCGACUUUACUGUCACACUCAGCAGCAGUGAUGCUGCUGACGUGAUCACAUUUGGCAUUGAGUUACAGAAGGGUUACUACUACAUGAAACAGUUGACAUACAAUAAGGAUACAGUGUUCCGCACAAAUGAUAUAAAUGCACCUCCAGCCUUCUCUUACUAUUGCGGUAAUUUAACUGUUUAUUCAGCAGCCGGUGAUCAACUCCUUUGGAACUCUGUCCAGUUCCAAGCACCUUUUGGUAGUGCCGUUACGACUGUAAAUACAAACUAUUUUGAAUUUGGUGAAUCCUGGAAUUGUGUCGGUUUUGUUUCACAUGCAAUUCUUGCUGGUCUAUUCGUGUCCGCAAUUUUGCUUGCAAUACUUUUCGUUGGUAUUUGCUGGAUGAUGGAUAUCAAUACCAUGGAUCGAUUUGAUGAUCCUAAAGGCAAAACGAUCACAAUAAACACAAAUGAGUAGUAGUUAAACUGCUGAUCUACUGUCAACAGUUUUUUUUGCACUGUCAGUUGCGCACAUUUCAUUCCCUUUUAUUCUAUUUUAAUAUAUUAUAGCAACCUAUUAGUCACAGUCUUUGCUUGCAAUGUAUUUUAAAUUACUGUAUUACUUGAAUCAAAUUUAAAUUUAAUAUAAAUUGGGAAUUAGAAUUACAGUAAUGUUAAAAUUAUUCUCCAUAGUAGCAUUGAAAUAUUCGUUGGAUAUCCUUACUAAAGUCAUGAGGAUUUGUAUAGUUCAAAAACAAGUUUCCUUCACAAUUUCCAUUAAAUUUACUCCAUCUCUUUACUCAGCAUCGACCACAUUUGAUUUCGCAUAUGUGUGUUUGUGGGAAUUGUGGAAUAAACUUAUAUCCUUCUGAACAUAUAUAUUUUUAUUUGAUUUGGAAUGUUUACAAAUAUUCAAUAUCUUUAUGAGGGACAUAAAGUGUUUACGUAUGUGCCUUAAAACAAAGUGGCCAAGUGCUGUGUGGGUGCAAACAUAUUAAGUGUGAAUAUGUUUGCUCCUUAAUAUAUCAGCGACGUGGUGUGUUUUCGAUUAAGAAAUGUAUACAUAUACAUAUGAUAAUAUAUUUUAAACGUUCAUGUAUUAUACGUUAAGCACAAAGCGAAAAUGUUAAAUAAUAUAGUAGAUUACAAUAAAGUUGUUCUCUUUGUUGAUAAAUA